AUGUACAAGCGCAAGUACAUGGCACCCAAAACCUGGUUUGAAAGGAAAAAGAAAGAGAAGGUACCUGCUACCAUCUCAAAGCCAGUUGGUGGGGAUAAGAAUGGAGGAAAUCAAAUGGUAAAGAUCCACAAAAUGCCUGGGUAUUACCCUACUGAGGAUGUGGCUAGAAAGCUGCUAAGUCACAGCAAAAAGCCCUUCAGCCAGCAUGUGAGGAGACUCCUAUUUAGCAUAGACCCAGGCAUGGUUCUGCUCAUGCUCACUGGCUGCCACAGGGGCAAGCCAAUGGUUUUCCUGAAGCAGCUGGCUAGUGGCUUGCUACUGGUGACUGGACCUCUGACCAUCAACCAUGUCCAUCUGCAAAUAACCCAUCAGAAAUUUGUCAUUGCCACCUCUACCAGGGUUAACCCUUCAGGUGUGCAAAUUCCAAAUCAUCUUACUGAUGCUUACUUUGAGAAGAAGAGGCUCUGUAAACCUAGAUGCCAAGAGGGAGAGAUUUUUGACACAGAAAAAGAGAAAUACAAGAUUACAGAGCAGCUCAAGGCUGACCAGAAAGCAGUGGACUCUCAGAUACUGCCCCAGAUCAAGAAGAUUCCUCAGCUCUGUGGCUACCUGUGUUUUGCAUUCUCUUUCCAAUAG